AUGGUGCAGCCAGCCGUGAGAACGAUCAUCUCCAGCGAGGACGUCUGGCAGGGCAAGACAAGCCCGGCCGAGAGAAGGAAGAUCCAGAACAGGCUCAACCAGCGGGCGUGGAGACAACGACGCAAAUUGGAAAAGCUGCGCCAAGGGACGGCCCGAGGCGCGAAGUCCAGCUCGACCGCCGAAUCCGCCCUCGUAGUGGCGCGGAAGGACUCCUCCACGUCCUCUUCCUCCUCUCCGUCCAAUGAAGAUGCGACGACAGAUGCGGCCGAGGAUACGGCGACGUACAUGUACGACACCGCAAUGGAGCUCGCACACCCCGGGCCGAAACGGAGACGUGCCAACGGGGAGCGCAUGUACGCCAAGCACGCGACGCUGAUGGCGCUGACGUACAUCGGGCGACGGCGCCGGCUCUUCGAACUUCAGGACGAGGAUAUGGACGAGCUGUAUGGCAUUUUCCUUAUGAAAGCGAUGCACUCGGGGUCGGAUCCCAUGGCGGACUCGCUGCUGCCGCUGGUGCAGUUCAACCUGUUCAGGGGGUUAAUGGAGAACAUGAAGACGCUGGGGCUCUCGCUGGGGAUGAUGUGCGACGAGGAGUGCGACUCGCCGAUCGGGACGGAUCCGAGGUUUCAUUCGCAGACAGUGUGGGACAUACCGGUGUAUUUGCGGCCGACGGAGACGCAGCUUUCGGUGGUGCAUCAUCCUUGGUUGGACGUCUUGCCCCUGCCGCGGAUGCGAGAUAAUCUGAUCAAGAUGGACGGGAAGUACGACGACGAGGAGCUUUGUCUGGACAUGGUUGGCGAUGGAAAUGCGCCUUCUGGAAAGGGCGAGAUGAUUCUCUGGGGAGAGCCGUGGGACCCGAUGAACUGGGAAGUGACGGACGUUUUUGUGAAUAAAUGGAGAUCUGACGCCAUGGAACGAAUCGACCUCUACCGGCUGCCCAACGAGCUGAUCUACUGCAUCAUGCAGAGCGCAGGCGAGAAUCGCGACUGCAAACUAAUGCGAAACCUUUGCCUUACCAGUCGUCGAAUCUAUCCUUUCGCUCGAGUCGAGCUAUAUCGCAACCUCAAGAUCCCCACCAUGAAGGCGUACGGCCUGCUCACAAGAAGCUUGAUCGAGAACCCAGCCCUUCGACGCUUCAUCAGGAUCGUCGACAUCACCAUUUCUGGUUCGCGCUACAUGGCAGACUACUCCUUCUUGUUCAGAUCCUGGGCAGACCACAAGUACAACGACAAGAACCUCGCCGAAGCUGAACGUAAUCUGCUUCUUCUCUGCAAGACUUCCUGCAACAAAUCGGCCUCGGAUAACGCCCGUUGCGUUCUUUCCCUCUUCCUUCUCCUGCUUGACCGAGCAGAAGAUGUCAGCUUGGACCUCAACGCCUUCUCACGCCCAGCGACUCGCCUCUUGGCCGCCGGCCUCGAGAUGUCACGCAGCACCAGUCCCAAGGCUCUUUUCCCCUCGUUGAAGAGGCUACGUCUUACGGGAGACGCUAUGCCUAACGGAGCGCCUGAAGGUGUGGAGGUGCUGACGGAUAAGGGAGCCGGCGCAGUGCUGCUCCCUCCAGAUGCCUGCGUUACGGGUUGCGAGGGUGUUGACGAUGAGCUGACUGAGCCUCCGCUGCUCGGCACAUCCACGGAGACGGAGAUCGUCGUGCUGCUGCUUCUAGCCAGCGUGACACUCUCCGCUGGGAAGCUCAAGAGGGAUGACGUUCCACGAGUUGAGCCAGACGAGGAGAUGGGCUGA